AAACAGAGCGAGGCAUGUUUCUAGUUUGAUGCCAGAAUAAAAUCUUAAAAAUGCAUUGUAUAUAGACCGAUUUUGACCACGACAAGGAUAUCAUGGGGAAAUUGGAUAUUGAUAUGCUAAACUACCCAUACGGCCAAGGCGGUCUAUUCAAUGCAAAAAAGUCUAACGUAAGUUCAGAAUUAACAAAAACCAUACGACAGAAGUGGGAAAACGUGGAAAAACCAGCACGCUAUGUUGUACACAAAGUCACAUGUAGGACAUCGGACCAAUUGAUCCUGGCUGAAAACAAAUCUUGCUGGACCAAAAACUACAAACGUCGUCAGCAGAAUCUUCAAAUUGGAUUUUUCAACCCGAUUCAACGACCGUAUCAGUGUCUAGGAGGAGAUUUCACGCUUGACCCAAAGGAGUUAAUUCAGGAUGUUUACAACAAAACACUUUCAAAGAAGCAGUCAAAAGAGCGACCAGUGAAGAAUAAAUGCAAGGAUGACACACCUACAUGUAUAUCGUCGAUGGAAACAGAACCUCCAAGUACAGGCCCUAAACCGUCCCAGUCAGAAGACGAAGACAUCACUCACCUGUCACUCUGGGAACACGUACAUGAGUCCAAUAAUCAGGUGCGCUUUGUCUGCGCUGGUCAGCAGUAUCAUGAGGCCAACAAACUCAUCAUGGAGAUGCGUGGUAAACGCUCCAGGUCUGACCUCCAAACCCCAAAUAUGAUGGCCAUUAAGUCUGUCACCAGCCUUGUGGACCUGAACAUUGGCAAGACAUGUGCAAUCGACAUCCUGUCCAUCCCAAGAACAGACAGCACUGAAGUCGAUCAGACGGAAGGGGAGGGGCCCAGUGAGCUGUGCGUUCCCACGGCGAUGAAGGCGGCAACCAGUAGAACCUCAGAGAGUCAGCUCAGGAGUACCACCAGCAGAUUGAUGGAGAUUUAUGAACGAGAGCGAAGAGAACGAGUAAAACUGGAUCAAAUGCAGAAACUGGAAGCUAUUUACAUGAUUCUGCUCACACUGACAAACAUGAAGACAAGCUUCCUGAGGAAUAAGACUCCGCUGUCUAGGGAGCUUCUGGCCGUGCUGAAGAAAGAGCACCCCUGUGACAGAGAUCUCAUGAGCAGACUGGCCAGUGGGCGCUACUCAACCAAUCACCCAGCAUCUGUUUCCACGGACACGCUGAUCUCCAUGGAAACACACUCCCCUAACCGCACAGUUGCACUACCCCUGGGGCCAAACCCAGACCUACGCCCAGCUGGGCUGACACCAGUGCCCGUGGCACAUACACCUGCAGCACCCCAACGACGCAUGACAACCUUUGGAAACUCGCCACGUGCCAUUGGACUCCUUGGAGCUGCUAGUAUGUGGGCGCAGAAAGCACGCAAAGUAACAGUGGACACGGUUGAAACUUGGGAGGAUCUGGUGUACACUCCCGAUAAGCAGCAGAGGCUCUUCUCCAAGUUACAGAUAACUGGCAUGUUCCUAGGGGCUAUGACUAAAAGGCGCAUACCAGAAUCCGAUGAGCGCAAACUGCCGCUCUGGCAGAUCGUAGCUAAUGAGAAGUCGCACAUUUCUCCUCAGAAACGUCGGAGUCGAGAACCUCAAGCUCGAUUAAAACAGUUCGAGGAAGAUUACCUUUCUUUGAAGGCAGCCCUUGCGCGAGAAAACAGAACUGAGCUCUACAAACUGGACAGGGAACGCCUGGCUCUGUUUGAGUUCAAGUUUAACGUUCUGGAGAAAUUGCCUCGUUUGUAUCAGCAGCAUAACAGAGAGAUGAGGCGGGCGCUGAGGAAUUUUAGUUAUAACGCCGACAACAUGGAGAUUCAACCGUCAGAAUGGUUUCAAAAGCUAAAGGAAGACACUGAGGCGGCGUGUCCAAAUGAUGAAGACAUUCAAAAUAUGAUUCGCAAAAUGGGUCGGUUUAGCCAGAUGGACAGCAAAACAGUUCUUCAGGCAAAGGCCAAGCUGUGUAUGCUGAUGAUGUCUUUGCCAGCAUACGAGAUCUGCAGGGUUACAGUGCAACAGGCUUUCAGGUUUGUACUGGAGGAAAUCCUGUUGGGCAACUUGGCGCAGUUUGAGCGCUGGCUCCGCACACGAAAACUUCCCAUGGUAUUAAUUGACGUCAAGUAAACUCGCUCCAUGCUCAUAUAAACACACUUCUUUUUUCUCCUGUCUGCGUUUUAAUAUUUUUUCACAGCUCAACUUUUUUAAAUUCCAGUUG